AUGUCCGGCCGUUGCCAGCCCUUCUUGCAAUGCAUAAAGAAAUCCACCAACACCACCUGGGGACCAGAACAAAGAAAAGCAUUGGAAGAAUUGAAAGCUUAUUUGAGCUCCCCUCCUAUAUUGAGCUCCCCCAUAGCUAAUGAAGAUCUAUUCUUGUAUCUGUCUGUCUCACAGUUCGCUGCGAGUUCCGUUCUCUUCCGAGAAGAAGCUAAUUGUCAGAGGCCAGUGUUUUACUGCAACAAGAUGCUCCUGGACGCUGAAACUCAUUAUAGUAUGAUGGAAAAAUUGGCACUCGCACUCCUCACAGCAAAGAAGAAGUUACGACAAUAUUUUGAAAGCCACAACAUCAUUGUAUAUACGGACUAUCCACUAAAGCAAGUAUUGAGUAAACUCGAUCUCUUUGGAAGGUUAUCUAAAUGGGCAAUUGAGCUAGGGACGUAUGAUAUCCAGUUCUCGCCACGAAAAGCAAAAAAAGGACAAGUACUUGCUGACUUCCUGGUCGAAAUUCAAUCAUUCACCCCAGGCACCCUGCCAGAAUUGUUAGAAUCAGAAGAUCAAUGGGUGUGGACGAUGCAUACUGAUGGGGCAUCCAAUUCCCAAUGGGUUGGUAUUGGCAUCGUAUUAGAGGCUCCCUCAGGCCUUAAAAUCGAGGAGGCCAUUCGUUUAGAACAGUCCACGAUGAAUAAUGAAGCGGAAUAUGAGGCUUUGAUCUAUGGUUUAGAACUAGCACGAGACAUGGGCAUCCAGCGUCUAAAUGUAAGAGGAGACUCACAGCUUAUGAUAGAACAAGUGGCUGGGAAUUUCAAUACUAAAGCACCCCAUCUGGCUAGCCUUCUACAGAAUGUAACUGACUUGCGAUCACAUUUUCACCAGUUCGAACUCAUACAAGUACCGAGGGAACAAAAUCAGAAGGCCGAUGCCCUUGCCAAAUUAGCCUCUGGAGGAGGUUGCACAUGCCAAUCCUCCAUAUCUAUAAGCCGAUCAAGCAAAGAUAUGGAAGUCUACUCAACCUCAUCAAAACUUGAGUGCUGGAUGGACCCAAUCAUUCAAUACUUGUCCACCUCUAAACUUCUACCUCAUCCAAACGACGCAAAGCUUCUACGCCUUCGGGCACAACGUUAUUCCAUAAUCCAUGGAACGCUAUACCGCAAGUCCUUCAACAGCCCUUACCUACAGUGUUUGCGUCCAUCAGAAGCUAAAAAACUACUAGAAGAGAUACAUGAGGGGACAUGUGGAAAUCACACAGGGGGACGGAGUCGGCACACAAGGCACUUACAAUAG